CGAUGCUGCAAGAUGGCCAAUGAGAACCACGGCAGCUCCAGGGAGGAGGCUGCCCUCAUGAGCCAUUCUCCCAGCACCUCCCACCAGAACCAGCCGAGCUCCCCCAAGGCCGCCCGCCUGGUGCAGGACUUGCCAGAUGAGCUGGUGCAGGCGGGCUGGGAGAAGUGCUGGAGCAAGCGUGAGAGCCGGCCCUACUACUUCAACCGCUUCACCAACCAGUCGCUCUGGGAGAUGCCGCUGCUGGGGCAGCACGACGUCAUUUCGGACCCUCUGGGUCUGAACGCCGCCCCGGUGCCUGCAGAUGGGGGAGCCGGCGAAGCAGCCGCGGCCGAAAGCAGGCUGUGGAAGCGGAAGCUGUCCGAGGAAGGCCAGCCCAGCAGCAACCUUGCCAAAAAGCCCAAGAUGGAGGUGCCGGGAAACCCCACAGCUCAGCCUGCCCCGAACAUUUCCAGCACUCCCGGGACGCCGCUGUUGAAGGCCUGGGGCGUCUCUCCCGAAGAGAGGCAGGCGGCUCUCUUGCGACCAACCGAAGUCUACUGGGACCUGGACAUUCAGACCAACGCAGUAAUUAAGCAGCGGGCCCCGGCGGACGUGCUGACCCCUCACCCGGAAGUGGAGCUGCUCCGGUCCCAGCUCAUGCUGAAGCUGCGGCAGCAUUACCGGGAGCUCUGCCAGCAGCGGGAGGGAAUCGAUCCUCCCCGAGAGUCCUUCAACCGCUGGAUGCUGGAGCGAAAGGUGGUGGACAAGGGCUCGGACCCCCUGCUGCCCAGCAACUGCGAGCCCGUUGUGUCUCCCUCCAUGUUCCGAGAAAUCAUGAAUGACAUUCCCAUCAGAUUGUCCCGAAUCAAGUUCCGCGAAGAAGCCAAGCGGCUGCUAUUCAAAUAUGCCGAAGCCGCAAAGCGGCUCAUUGAAUCCAGGAGCGCCUCUCCAGACAGCCGGAAGGUGGUGAAGUGGAACGUAGAAGACACCUUCAGCUGGCUGCGGCGGGAUCGCUCGGCCUCCAAGGAGGACUACAUGGACCGGCUGGAGCACCUGCGCAAGCAGUGCGGCCCCCACGUCUCCGCUGCCGCCAAGGACUCGGUGGAGGGCAUCUGCAGCAAGAUCUACCACAUCUCCCUGGAGUACGUCAAGCGCAUCCGCGAGAAGCAUCUGGCCAUCCUCAAGGAGCACAGCAUCUCCGCUGAGGUGGAGCCCCCCGACGUUCAGGACCGGCUGGUGUACUGCUACCCGGUGCGGCUGGCCGUCCCGUCGCCCCCACUGCCCAGCGCGGAGAUGCACAUGGAGAGCAGCCUGGUCUGCGUGCGCUACAAGGGCGAGGUGCAGAAAGUCAGCCGCAGCUACUUCAGCAAGCUGUGGCUGCUCUAUCGCUACAGCUGCAUCGACGACUCCGGCUUUGAGCACUUCCUGCCCCGGGUGUGGUGCCUCCUCCGCAGGUACCAGAUGAUGUUUGGCGUUGGGCUCUACGAGGGCACCGGCCUGCAGGGGGCGCUCCCGGUGCACGUCUUCGAAGCCCUCUACAAGCUCUUUGGGGUGAGCUUCGAAUGCUUCGCCUCCCCCUUGAACUGCUACUUCAAGCAAUACUGCUCGGCCUUCCCGGACACCGACGGCUACUUCGGCUCCAGAGGGCCUUGCCUGGACUUCUUCCCCAUCAGCGGCUCCUUCCAGGCCAACCCCCCCUUCUGCGAGGAGCUGAUGGACGUCAUGGUGACGCACUUCGAGAAACUGCUGGAGGCGUCCAGCGAGCCCCUGUCCUUCAUCGUCUUCAUCCCGGAGUGGCGGGACCCCCCCCCAACGGCCCUCACCCGCAUGGAGCAGAGCCCCUUCAAGCGGCAGCAGCUCAUCCUGCCGGCCUUCGACCACGAGUACCGCAGCGGCUCCCAGCACCUCUGCAAGAAGGAGGAGAUGUACUACAAAGCCGUGCACAACACCACAGUGCUGUUCCUGCAGAACAACGCCGGCUUCUCCAAGUGGGGGCCCAGCCCGGAGCGCCUGCACGAGCUGCUCACCGCCUACAAGCACUCGGGGCGCGCCCACCCAGCCGCCUCCGCCGCCUCUUCGGCCCCGGACAAGGAGCAGGAGCCGGUCCGGGAGCAGAGCACCAGCCGGGAGUCGACCCCCAACUGA